GAUAAAAGAGGAGGCUUAUUUAACGUUCUUUCUCCACUGAAUCACAAGCCAAUAGAAAUUUGCCCGAGAAAGUUUCGAACUUUGGUUCAAGUUGGCGCCAUUGUUGUCAAGACUGCCCUUGAAGACCCUGGCCGUGUGCGAAGUCUAUUGAAUGACAGAGGCGGAUUUGACAAUGCUACUAAGAGAAAUUUGUUGGAUUUUGCGAAGAUGAUACAUAAAGUUACUGGAAGAGGAGUUAGGGAUUUCAUUGGUUAUGGCUGCUGGUGUGGUUAUGGUGGGAAGGGGCAACCCGUGGAUGAUUUGGACAGGUGUUGCUAUGUCCAUGACAUGUGUUAUAACAAACUCCAGUCCGACGUCUGUCCAUUUAAGAAAGCUGUGUACACUCUGCCAUAUUCCACUGAAAAAAGGAGACCAUUGAAGUGUAAACCGCCUUCCUACUAUUGGUAUUUUAAAUGGUGUCGAUAUUUGUUGUGCAAAUGUGAUGCCGAAGCGGCCAGAUGCUUUGCCAGGAGUCAUUAUGAUCGGAGAUAUAAAAAUUACUCGCAGAAGUACUGCUAGAAAGAACGAGUCGAAUACAUGUACAGUUCAAAGAAGGACACUUCUUUGUUCUGCCGGUGACUCUAUCGCGCCUCUGUUAAAGUUAGUUCUAAUAAAACAUUUACGCCAAGACAAUAUCCUUCUUCAGACAUUGUGUUAGUCUUACAUGAAUUUGCUGAACAUGGAUGGUGUUAAAAAUCUAUAACGUACCAAAUCCUCUUUUCAAAAUGUGGUGGAUAGGGACCGCGCGUAAA